AUGUACAAGUUCAAGCGCGACAGAGUAACAGGACGGGAGACUAAUCGGGAAAUAAUGAUACUGCUGGAAUCUGAUGUCCUGGGUGUACCUAGGCGUUCAUUGAGAAUGACAGGGGAUGAGCGCAUCAUCAACGGCGUGGACGCGCCCGACCAGUACCUGUACAUGGCGGCCGUCUUCGCGGACGGGGCGACCCUGUGUGGCGGCACGUUCGUCUCUCGCAGCUGGAUCCUCACCGCCGCGCAGUGCGUCGUCGGGUGGGUAUCAGCGGACGCCCACCUCACCUUCACCUUCAAGCUGGAAGCUCCAAUUCAAGGGUUCACCAUUUGGGAGGUGUGGCUGGGAGUGACGAGUCUGGCGGGAGGUGAUCCUGGUCGCAUCACCAUCGUGUCGGACAACGCCACCGCCAACCCCAGCUACAGCGGCAACAACUACGACAUCGCCGUUAUCAACACCAUCGUCGUCGAGGCACCAGAAAGUGAGACUGCAGCUAACGGCUGCGCGUCGCCGUCGUCGUCGUCUCUUGUUGCAGACCUCGCGCCGGCGGACCUGCCGUUUCGCUCUGACACGCCGGCCAGUCUCAUCGGAGAGGUGGCCGUCAUGACGGGCUGGGGAGCCACUGUGGCAGGAGGGCCGACAGAGACGACUCUGAAGACCGCCAACGGCAGCUUCGCCGGGGAGUGCGGGGCUGGCUACCACGUGUGCAUAUACACGUACAACCAGGUGGACGUCACCACGGGUGACUACGGUGGCCCCCUAACGGUGGCGGGCGUUGGAGUGGGCAGCUAUAAGGUGGUGGGCGUCGCCAUCGGCACCGAUCUCUCUGGUAACCGGUCCGUCUUCACCAACGUCUACCAGAACCUCGACUGGAUCGCCUCUGUCACCGAUCUCCCCAUCUACGAUUAG